AUGAUCUUUGCCAUUGAGGAGAUCAACAAUAGUACAAAUUUGCUUCCCGGCAUAUCUCUUGGAUACAAGAUCUAUGACUCCUGUGGCUCCUCUGAAACUGCUGUGAGGGCAGGACUUGCACUGACAAAUGGGUACCAGGAUUCAGCCUCAGCUGUUCCAUGCUCCAAAACAGCUUCAGUUCAGGCAAUCAUUGGAGAGACCUCCUCUUCACCCACAGUCGCUAUAUCUACAUCCAUUGGACCUUUUCGCAUUCCUUUGCUUCUACAGCAUUUGAAAAAAGUGCAUUUCAAAACCAAGGAUGGUGAAGAGGUUUAUUUUGAUGAGAAUGGAGAUCCAACUGCAAGGUAUGAGCUGGUUAACUGGCAGCAGAACAGCAAAGGCCAGACUGAGUUUGUGACUGUUGGACUUUAUGAUGAAUCCUCACCUAUGGAGGAACACUUAACACUGAGCAACGUGUCAAUUGUGUGGGCACAAAAUGCAAAACAGGUACCUGCAUCCCUGUGCAGUGAGAGCUGCCUACCAGGCACUCGGAAGGCUGUGCAGAGAGGAAGGCCAGUCUGCUGCUAUGACUGUGUGCCCUGCGCUGAGGGAGAAAUCAGCAAUGCUACAGAUUCUAUCACAUGUGUGCCAUGUCCUCCUGACUACUGGUCAAAUAAAAGAAGAAAUGAAUGCAUCCUAAAGGAAACAGAAUAUUUAUCCUAUCAGGAAAUUAUGGGAAUUUUGCUUGCAGCUAUCUCCUUACUUGGAACAUGCAUAACCAGUAUUGUAGUGAUCAUUUUCUUAAAGUACAGACACACCCCCAUCGUGAAAGCCAACAACUCAGAGCUGAGCUUCCUGCUGCUCUUUUCAUUGAAACUGUGUUUCCUUUGCUCUCUUACCUUCAUCGGCCGGCCCUCUGAGUGGUCAUGUAUGCUGCGCCACACUGCGUUUGGGAUCACCUUUGUCCUCUGCAUCUCUUGUGUUCUGGGGAAAACAAUAGUGGUGUUAAUGGCCUUCAGGGCUACACUUCCAGGCAGUAAUGUCAUGAAGUGGUUUGGGCCUCUCCAGCAGAGACUGAGUGUUUUUGCUUUCACUCUCAUACAGGUCCUUAUUUGUGUGCUUUGGUUAGCAAUAUCCCCUCCUUUCCCCAACAAGAACAUGGAGCACUACAAAGAAAAGAUCAUUCUAGAAUGUGAUGUAGGAUCAGCAGUGGGGUUCUGGGCUGUGCUGGGUUAUAUUGGGCUCCUUGCUAUAUUGUGCUUUGUUUUAGCUUUUCUGGCUCGUAAGCUGCCUGACAAUUUCAAUGAAGCCAAAUUCAUCACAUUCAGCAUGCUCAUAUUCUGUGCAGUCUGGAUCACCUUUUUACCAGCUUAUGUCAGCUCACCAGGAAAGUUCACUGUAGCUGUGGAAAUAUUUGCCAUUCUAGCCUCAAGUUUUGGUUUGCUUUUCUGUAUAUUUUUGCCAAAAUGCUAUAUUAUUUUACUAACACCAGAGAAAAACACCAAAAAGAAUCUAAUGGGAAAAUUGCCAUCAAAAUCACUCUGA